AGAGCUCCCAGCCAGUCCUCUCAUGUUCACACUGGUACUAGUGUGUUGCUCCACAUAAACACAGAGGGACACACAAUGCUCAGCUGGCCACGCCGCACACAACUCUCAUAAGUUCGACUCACUUUCAGCCGCCUUGGUUACAAUGUCUUUUACUUCGUGACUGUACUGCAGCCAAAUCAUGAGAGUCCUGAAGAGAAAGUUUGCAGAAGUAGAGGAUGACCGCAGUUACUGCUCCUCAUCGUCUCCGUCCUCCCUCUCCUCCCUUGCCUGCUCAGAGUGGGAGUCAGAUGGGGAGAGCAGCUGUCCUGAUAACAAGGAUUUCACCCCUUACAGCCCUUCUUCACCCGCCCUCUUACCCAGUCGGUCCAUCCUGAAGAGGCCCAAGCUGAGAGGAGCACAGAGCAACGUGCACUUUGACCAGGUGACUGUGUUCAGCUUUCCACGCUGCCAGGGUUUCGCCAGCGUGCCCAGACGUGGAGGAGCCACCCUCGGCAUGGUCCAGAGACACAGUGACAUCCAAAAGUACUCAGUGGCAGAACAUGCACUGGAACUGCAUCAUAGGCGCAGGGUGAGGCUCCAAAAACAGCUGGGAGAGGAGCAAUUUAAGGCUAUGACACCCAAUUUAACCAUCACUGGGACUAGUGGUCAGCCAGACAGACUCACAGUAGAUGAAGAUAGUGACAUUCUCCUCAGCAAUGGUGAUGUGGAGAACAGUAUCCUUCAGCCGUACUCCUCCAAACAGAGACAGGCACUCCUCCAGGCGGCGGGGGUGAAGCGUAUUGACAGGGAGGAGAAGAAGCAGCUUCACUCCUUGCGACUCUCCCGAGAAGCCUGUGGAUGUGACUGCCAAGGCUUUUGUGAGCCAGAGAUUUGUGCAUGCAGCCUGGCAGGCAUCAAGUGUCAGAUGGACCGCUUCAGCUUCCCAUGUGGCUGCACUAAGGAUGGCUGUGGCAACAUUCAGGGGCGCGUGGAGUUUGACUCUAGACGUGUGCAGACCCAUCACAUCCACACUCUGAUGAAACUAGAACUGGAGGAAAAAGUGCAGGAUGAAACCCUGAGCCUAGGGGGUGACACAGGACUGCCAGAGGACCUGGUGGAGUUUGAAAACCAAAAUCAAACCCACGAGGCACAGAUCGCUGAGGGCAAGAGCUGCCCCUUCGGGUUCACCUUGGAGGAGGACUGUGCUUCCCUCUCCAUGCCGGUCUCGCCUUCCUUCCCCUUCACCCCUGAGCAGAUGGUGGUUGAGGAGGAGAACAGCUGCAGCAGUGACAUGACCGACUCCUCCUGCUCCCUCUCUGACUCUGAUACAGGUUUUUGCACUCAGAAUCCCCUUGAAGUGGGCACAGUGUUGUUGUGUUGUCGUAGCAUCUGUAACUCUGAAUAUAACAACUACUCUACAUGCAAUCAAGCAAGGCACAUAGGAGACCCUGCCACUUGCAGCACUACUGAGAGUAUGGGACCACUUACAGCCAACACAUUCACAGAGAAUAUAAGCAGGAUCUCACUGACCAAUUGUCUUGAUGAGAAUGCAAAUCAAGACAGAGACUGCUUUGACCAUGAUUCUCUUGAGGACUUCCCCACCACACUAUCGCCCACUGUGGACUAUUCUAUCGGCACAUACAUGGACUUGAGUCUGUCUUCUGAUUCUGACCUGGAGUUCUUUGACAGCGAUUAUCCCACUGGACCACUGCACAGCUCUUUCAAAGGUCACAGUCACCCAGACAGGUUUCGCCAUAUCCAGCUGUUUAGCUCUGUGAAUUUGCCACAAUAUGAAUCAAGCACCUACCUCCUGGAGUCUCUGAUUGGUCUGACUUAAUUGAGCCCAGAGCAGGCUUAAUUAUAUGUAAGGAGCACUGCAUUAUGUAUUUGUAAAAAUAUUUCAGUAUACAAAGAAUGAUUGAUAUAAUAUUUUUUCCUAUAUGUUUUUUUCUACUGUCUAAAAUUAAAUGCCUUAGUUUCAGAGAAACCACACUUGAUUAGUAUAUGUUCUGCUGUGAAAUAAUCUCUAACAUGAUAUUUAAUUUCUUUGUACGCUUGAGAAUAUUGAGCUAGUAUUUUUAAAGUGAUGCUAUCUUACGCUAGUGAGCAGGGUUUGCAUUUUAAAACUUACAACAUAUGAGUAGAAAGACAAAGAUGUUUUGCUGGUUGCUGACAGUGGAAUAAGCAGGAUAAUCCAUUCAUUGUUUGUUUUUAAUACCUGAAUGAUUAAUUAAAAUACAUUUUGUAUUUCAGUAAUGAAAUAAACUUUCUAUUUAUUUA